AUGCCAAAUGUAAAAUAGUACAAAUCAGAUUCUCAAAUACCUCAAAUAAACACUUUUACCAUUCUUUGUAAGAUAAGUCCCAUAAAUCCUCCUGAUACUCCAAAGGAAAUUUAAACUUUUAAAUUAUCUAAGGAUCAAUAAAACCAAAAAUAAGUAUAAUAAAGCGCAAAAUUAAAUCUCAAAUAAGAUGAUUCUUUCAUGAAAAAGAAUGAAAAUUAAUAUUCUGAAAAAUACAAAAGAAGGAAGCCUAUUUUAGUUAUUAGGCAUUCAAAAAGUUUAUCAUGUAUUAAAAAAGAAAAAUCAGUCCAUUUUCAUUUGGAAAAAGAUGAAAGUAGCUUUCAAUUUUUCAUUUUCUAAAAUUGGAUCCAAAAAGAAAAAAAAAUAAUGAAUAAAUAUGUUCUUUAAAGCAAAUCGGUGAGGAUGUAACUAUAAACACUAAUGGAGCUAAGAAAAUUUUUGAAAAAAUUCAUAAAAAAUAUGAGUCUAAAGUCCAUUUCUAAUUUCCUUUUUGAAUUUACUUGUUAUUAAAUUUCGAUAAUUACGAUUAUUUAUUUAUUUCUUCGUUCAUACUUAGAUUAUUUUAUUUUAUUGAAUUGUUGUUGUAUAUAGAUAAUUAAAAUAAAAGAAAUUAUUAACAAUAUUCAAUUAAGUAAUUUACUCAACAUAAUAAAAAUUAAAAAUUUUUUUAAAUAAAUAAUGAAUUAUCAUCUUCAGGUAAUACUUUAUUAAGAUAUAUACACCAAAAAUAUCUAAUAAUGA